UUGAAAUGGCGAAAGUGAUAUGUUUAGUCGUGUUUGGUGUUAUUAUUGGGAUUGUGGAUGGAAUGACCAGAGCGCAAUUGAAGAAUUCUGGAAAAAUGCUCAGAAAAAACUGCUUGGCGAAGGUCAAAGUCGAGGAAGAAUUAAUAGCAGACAUAGAAAAAGGGAAGUUCAUAGAGGAUAAAGAUGUCAUGUGCUACAUAGCCUGCAUCUAUCAAAUGACACAAGUUGUGAAAAAUAACAAAUUGAGUUACGAAGCGGCCAUUAAACAAGUGGACCUGAUGUACCCGGCUGAAAUCAAGGAAGCUGUCAAGAAGUCAGUCACCAACUGCAAAGACAUUCCCAAAAAAUACAAAGAUCUGUGUGAGGCGUCAUACUACACGGCCAAGUGCAUAUACGAAGAUAACCCCAAGGAUUUUAUAUUUGCGUAAAAUAAAAAGUAAGAAAAAUGAAAAUACAAUACGUAUAGAAGAAAACAUUAACAUCACAUCACCGAGAAGAAAAAAUAAACAAAAUAGAAACAAGAGCAAAAA